CUGAAUGAACCAGGAAGGUCACACUGAAUAACGACUGUCUUCUGCACAGUAAGAGCUGAUUUUAACUGCUGAAUAUUCAGAUAUUCAACUCUGAGACACUUUAAAAAGGGAAACAUCCAAAAAAAGGCUGAAAAAGGGAGGAAGAGGAAGGAAAUGGCAGAAUCUUCAUCAUCACAACCAAGAUACUUCAGAAGAAAGAUGGAUAAACCAGAGGGGUUUGCACAUGACUCCAGCAGUCUCCUGUCUGAAGAUCAGUUCCUGUGUUCUAUCUGUCUGGAUGUAUUAACCGAUCCAGUCUCCACUCCAUGUGGACACAACUUCUGUAAAACCUGCCUUACACUGUACUGGAACAACACUCAACACUGUCACUGUCCAUUCUGUAAAGAGAAAUUCACCAAGAGACCUGAACUGAAGAUCAAUACAACACUGAGAGAUGUUGUAGAUCACUUCAAGAAAGAAGGAGAUCUGGAUAAACCUGAGAUUCUUUGUGAUGCCUGCACUGGAGUGAAGCAGAAAGCCCUGAAAUCCUGCCUGGAUUGUCGUGCGACUUUUUGUAAAUUUCAUUUAGAGCCUCAUAAUAAUGUUCCAGUAUUUAAGGAACACAAGCUAAUACGCCCAAUGGAGAACCUGCAGGACUACAUAUGCCAGAAGCACAAGAGACCCCUGGAGCUGUUUUGUAGAGAUGACCAGACAUGUGUGUGUCUGUUCUGCACUGUUACAGACCACAAGACUCACCACACUGUUCCUAUAGAGGAGGAGAGUGGAGAGAAAAAGACACAGCUGGUGAAGACACAAACAGAGGUGCAGCAGAUGAUACAAGACAGACUGAAAAACAUAAAAGACAUCAAACAUUCAGUAGAGCUCAGAAAGAGAAACACAGAGAAAGAGAAAGCAGACAGCAUUGAACUCUUCACUGCUCUGAUCCGCUCCAUUGAGAGAAGCCUGGCUGAGCUGGUAAAGGUGAUGGAGGAGAAGCAGAAAGCAGCAGAGAAGCAGGCUGAAGACCUCAUUAAAGAGCUGGAGCAGGAAAUCACUGAGCUAAAGAGGAGAGACACUGAGCUGGAGCAGCUCUCCCACACUGAAGACCACCUCCACCUCCUACAGAUUUACCCAUCACUGUGCAGACCUCCACACACCAAGAACUGGACUGACAUCAGUAUUAACCCACAUUUGAGUGUAGAGACUGUGAGGAACGCUCUGUCUGAACUUCAGAAGAGUCUGGAUGAGACACUCAGUAAAACUCUUAAUGAGAAGAUCAGAGAAUCAGACUUCACAGAACUGAAGAGGAUUCAGCAGUAUGCAGUGGAUGUGACUCUGGAUGCCUAUACAGCUAAUCCACAUCUCAUCCUGUCUGAUGAUGGAAAGCGAGUGACGCAUGGAGACACAGAACAGAAUCUUCCUGACAACCCAAAGAGAUUUGACUAUUGUGCCUCUGUUUUGGGAAAGGAGGGAUUCUCCUCAGGGAGAUUUUACUAUGAGGUGCAGGUCAGAGGGAAGACUGAGUGGGAUUUAGGAGUGGCCAGAGAGUCCAUUAACAGGAAAAGGAUAAAUUUGCUCAACCCACAGAAUGGAUUCUGGGCUGUGACUCUUAGAAAUGGUAAUAAGUAUGAGGCUUGUGCUGGUCUCUCAGUCGCCCUCUCCCUGAGAGAGAGGCCCCAGAAGGUGGGGGUGUUUGUGGAUUAUAAGGAGGGUCUGGUUUGCUUUUAUGAUGUGGAGUCCAGAUCUCAUAUCUACUCUUUCACUGGUCAGUCUUUCACUGAGAAACUCUAUCCAUACUUGAGCCCCUGUUAUAAUGAUGGAGGUAAAAACUCAGCUCCGCUGAUCAUCUCACCCAUAUUUAAGACUAACAUCUAAACCAAUUGAAUAUUCUGUCAAAUGUAAAAAUGAAAAUGGAAACAUAACUUUAUGUAACUCACAUCAAAUGUAUGACAUCAGAGUAAUAAUCUGAAAUAUUCUUUCUCUAAAAUACUUCUAAAAAAUUUGGCCUAUCAAAAACUCUGAAAAAUAUAUUUUUUUCAUUAACAUAAAGUAAGACUGCAUUUCACUCUUUAGGUUCAGAGGUUUACUAAUGUAAAGUGUUAUUAUUAGUUAGAGAUCAGGGUGCUGUAGUUCUAGAGUCAAUCACUGUUAUCUGCAUGAGUCUCAACACUGUAUGUGCUGUAUAGUGAUUUGCUGAAAUAUACAAACUGGCUGA